ACUGCAAUACCACUGAAUUUGACAACUAUGUCUCCUGUGAGAAUGAUCUACCGCAAUAAGAUCUACCGGGAAGGAAAAAACACCAAGAACUUCACAUCCAACAAUAUGAGUAGAUAAUGGAAUAAAUGAUAUGACGACAACUGAUUUCAUCAUCGAGUGAGAGAUAUCAGCAGCGGUUUUUGGAGAUUUUGAGAGACAGCAUGCGAACUGGAUUCUUUCUGUUUCAUUUCCUCGUUCCCAUUUUCAUAGAGGGAUGCUGUGCGAUAAAUUACUCAAACAAAUUUACAGGCUUUCGGCAGGAUGCUGCAUAUCUGCACUACAGAGCUGUAGAGGGGGAAAUCUUUAUGAUGCCAUGUGUUACCCAGAAUAUGAUGACUGUAUGGUCCAGAACUGAAGAAGACAAAGAGGCAAGCCAAGGACCAACAUUUGACUGUGGAAAGAUGUUUGUAGCUGAAGUGAAACAUUCUGGAAAGUACACAAGCUUUACUGGUGGCAGCAAGUUUGUCUUCACUCUGCAGGUGGUGGGAAAGAUCGCUCUGGGAUGCUUUCUGCAGAACGAGAGCAGUGUGAUGCUGCGUAUGCAUGCUGGUGAAACAAUUUCCUGCCCAGGCCUCACCUGUAGUAAUAACACAGGAGUUGUUUGGUUCAAGGAAAGCAAAGCUGUGCCGACACAACCACAUUUUAAAGCAACUAAGUCUCCCGAAAUCAGAAAUCCUUCUGCCAACAAAACAGAAGAAGUGGUGCUUGGUCAGCCUCACAUUCUGACAUGUGAGGUGUAUUUUGAUUUUGAAAUAGAGUUUUCCCCAAAGGUGCAGUGGUUCAUGAACUAUGGUGGCAACAUGCAUAAUAUGACUCUGCUAUACAUGGAGAAGCCUCGACAGAGGGAAGUGAAAUUUGAAUUGUCCCAGGGCAUACUGUUUGAGGUAAUACAAACAGCCAUUAUAAAAGAAGUGAUGCCGCAGCACUUAAACCACACAUACACCUGCAUUGCUGCUAAUACUGUUGGAAACACGAGUGCCACAAUCAAGCUUGAAAAGAAAAGUCAAGUUAAGUGGUCAUCGCUGGUUGGGUAUCCCCUUGUAUCCUUCCUGGUUUUAGCUGGGCUGGGAAUCACCUUGCAUGUAAAAUGGCUGGAAUUAACCAUUUUCUGCAGAUCCCACUUUCAAUGUGGAAACAAUAAUGAGGAGAAACAGUUCGAUGUGUUUCUGUCAUACGUUUUGGGUUCAUCCGUUCAUUCAUCAGCAAAAGUGGCCAGAGAUUUGAUCCUUUCUACCAGAACAGGGUGUCAGGAUCAUGAAGAAGACAUUCUAAACAUAGAGAGUAGAGCCACUCAGAGGCCACUCGAAAUGCUCCUACCACAAGUGCUAGAGGACCAAUGGGGGUAUCGCCUCUGUCUGCUGGAAAGGGAUGUACUUCCAGGAGGAGCUUAUACAAACGAUGUGUUUCUUGCAAUAAAAAACAGCCGGAUGCUUAUCUGUGUGCUGUCAGAAGACUAUUUCAACAGCAGCAGCGCUAUGUUUGUACUGGAAUCAGGAAUCCAGGCUUUGCUGCAAACGUCUGCUCUCAAACUCCUUUUAAUAUGGACCUGUGGACACCCCGCAUCCCUCAUCGAUCCUGAUCUCCCGUUAUCCAAACUUGCCCAAAGGGCCUUGAGGGUGCUGCCCAGUCUGGACUGGAGCGCAGACGAAUCUUCUACAACCACCUUCUGGAGCUCUUUAAGGAAAGCCACCCACUUAAUGAGGGUAGAUUCACUCAUAGUACCGAUGACAGAACUGUGAUACAAAUGACAUUUUCUAGAACAGAAGGUUCUAUUUUAUUUAACUAAUUUAGUUUGCAUUACUUCAUAAUGCUGGAACAUAACCCGUGUAACCCCGUUCUUUUCUGAAUGUUUAAGGUGACAAAACCUGCAGAUGUGGGAAAAAAUUACCAUGUUGGCAGAAACACAAAACCAUAAUGUGACAUUUUCAAAUGUGGGAAAAGUGAGUCACCUCUAUGCAAAGCUCAGGGUGCCACUGUUUUGUAGGAAUUUCCAUCUGCAGUCAUUUAUCAGUUUUACUCUGCAAAGUCAUCAAAUUGUUUGACAAAACACUUUACAGCAUCAAGAAUAAGAAAUACACAAAUAUGGAGACUAAACAAUUCACUGUUUAUAUGAAUGCAUCAGUGUAGUUCAUUAAGUUACAGCUGAUAUGCAUUAAACAAUUUGCAUAUAGACUUCAGACAUGUUUUUAAACAAAUACUGAGAAGGAAUUUGGUGAAAAACAAAUUGUGGUAUGAAUGUUGACAUGUUGAUGUCAGCACAAAAGUUGGGUGACACAGCAAUGUAUGUUAUGGAAAAUGAAUUCCUGAAUCUCCUUCAGGUACUGGAUAAGUCAGGGAGGUAAGAAAUUUAGCUGAAAUAAAAGGACAUGUAUAUCUCUGAUGUUAAGGUAGCCAUGAAAGGGGGUUGUAAAAGUGCCUGAUCACUGAUAUAUUUCAAGCAACAAAGAUUUAUGUACUAUGGUUGUUAACAUUAAAAUGGUAUCCAUGUCAUGGCUACAUGAUCAAGGUUUAACACAGCUGACAACUACAAAAACAUUUAUCGUGAUGAUUAAAUUAAUCGAUGCAUAUCUCUACAGCAAGUUUGCCAGAUUUACUGAAGCAAAAA